AUGUCUUUCAAAGCGAUAAUCACGACGUCUGAGAAUCAGCUCGUAUGGCGCCGCACAAUUCAGAUGCUGGCAACUCUUCAUGAUGAUAUCAGGUUCACCAUAACACCGAGGGAGCUGAUAGUUUGGUCUAUGAACUCCACAGAUACAUCUAUGUGCCAAGUGUCCUUUGCUAAGGGCUUUUUUGAAGAAUACACAUUUGAACCCGAGAAUAUUGUGUUCGGUGAAGAUGGACUACAGCUAGUGCAGGAUUUCAAUCAAGAUACACAUAAACUAUAUUCAUUUAAAACCAAUGGUAGGCAUCUAUCCAUAUUGUUUAGGAAGCCAGAGAAUGACGUGAUGAAAGACAUCGUUCUGCUCAUAAAUAACACAGAGGUGUGCCCAGAAACUUUGGCAAAUAGACUUCAGAUCGUUAUACACACAGAGAGUAUGCUAAUAAAGGAGUAUGCGCCCAGCUUUAUUCCAAUAAAGUUCGACCCCAUUGUCAUAAAUUUACGUUAUAAAAGGAAGUUUCUGAAUGUAUACGGAACAUCUAGUGAAAACCAAGAAGAACAGCUCGAUCCUAGAUUACUGGAUAUUUUUGAGAGUACUGCUAAGGAAGUGUCGAAUUCAUAUUUCAACAAUGAUAUUGUUACUAAUUUGAGGCCAAAUUCUGAGCUUACGUUAGAGGAUGAAAUUAACUAUCUCUGUUGUACUAAUAUGCUUCUGAAAAAUUUCAUCGACAGCUGCAAUUCAAGUGCUACAGAAGAAGUGAAAUUAGAAAUCAACGUUAACAGGCUAUGUAUAACGGCGUUUACAAGAGGAAUAUACAGCAAAAACAAUGAUGUUCUCAGAAAUGCAAUGCGUGCCAGCAACACGGUGAGUACGAUGGAUUUGGAACACUACUGUUUGUUCACCACAGCUGAAGACGAAAACACUAAUCACCCCUCAACAAAGGUGGUCACAUUCAAAAUGAAAGAUUUUCGAAGUUUCAUCAAUUUAUCGUCAGUCUGGAAGACUGACAUGAACAUACAUCUAUGGUUUUGUCAUCCAGGUGAUCCUAUUCUCAUGGAAAUGAGGAAAUCAAAUGUAUGCAUAGAACUUGUUCAGGUGUCAGACGCUGAACAAGGAAAUGUCAUAGCCCCAUCGAAAACCUUUGGUCCAUCAAAGGGAAGCCCGCUGCGAGAAACUGCCACCAAGAAACUUCUCAGCCCUCGAAAGUCCCCAUUAAAGAAAAGAAGUCCAUUGAAAAGCCAAUUACGAGACGCUCCCAUGAGCCCUCUUAAGCCAACGGCGCUAUUUGUCAAAGACGCGGAUGCUGACGCUGACGUAAAUGUACGUUGGAAAAACCCCAUUAGAGGCAAGAAACCAGUCGAAGAAUCUGCUGAGGAAACUUCACGUCCUGCCAGCCAGUCAAAUGAUUCACAAUUAUUGGCUACCGCCGAGAGGACACGUACAACUAUUGGAUGGGGUUCUAAAAGUGCUGAUCCUGCACAUAUGCCGUCGGAUUCGCACCUCAAUCGUAGAGAUGUCUUGAAGCGCGAAAAAAUCCGGUAUUUGCAGGAAUUAAGUAGCAAGAAACCCCGUGUGGAAAGCCAAGGUAAUAGCGAUGAGGAACAGUUUGGUCCAACGCAAGUCGAUAAGCCAAAGGGGAUAUUCGAUUAG